AUGUCAUGGUCUGGAUUUAAGAAAGCGGUGAACAGGGCAGGAGCCCAUGUUAUCAUGAAAACAUCUAAACAUGCAGAAGUUUCUGUGGAUCCGGAAUUUGACAGAAGAGAAGAGAAAUUCAAGAAAUUCAAUGGACUUACGGCAGAAUUGGAUACAGAUAUGUCAUUAUUUCUUAAGAACUUUGAGGAUUUAAUGGAGGCACAGCUGAAUCUUGUAAAAACGAUUGAUUCGUAUUAUGGUGAUUACAAUUUUCAGCUAAAAUCCGAUUAUAGAGGCCUUGAUACAGAAAAUGGUCCGAAGAUCAAUGAACGAGAUGGUAUUUCCCUCGAAUAUCUUAAAAUACUAGAUGAGAUAAAGGAUACUGUUCUUCCAGAGCUUUUAGAGCCACUAAAAGUAACAGUUGCGGAUCCUAUAACGGAUCUCCUGUCGUACAAUGAGGAAAUAUCACGUCUAAUUCAAAAGCGAGGUAGAAAGAAGUUUGAUUACGAUGUUUUGAAAACAAAGCUUGAUAAACUCCAAAAGGAGGCAGAUGCCUUAAAUUACAGCAUUGAAACAAACGGAAGUGUUGAUAAAAAACCGCAACUUUCGAAGCAAUUGAAAAGAUUGGAAGGUGUGAAAAAUGACUUUGAGCAGGCCAGAUUCAUCUACACGGAUCUUAAUGGACGACUUAAGAAUGAGAUCGAUCAAUAUCUAACAUUGAGGUUUUCAUUGUUGGAUCCAACAUUUGAGAGCUUUGUGAAGAUCCAAAUGAAGUUAUACGGUGAUCUUUACGAUAAAUUGACAUCGAGCUCCCUAAGUAUAGACGGAAUGUCGUUAGAAGAGCAAAAUGAAAAUAAGUUGGAUGAUCGGUUGGAUGAAAUACUAGGGAAGAUGAAAAACCUUCGCUUAAUUAAUACAGCUAAGUGA